CCGCAAUACAGUAAUAAUCAAAUCAUACUACCCACCUACACUCCACAACAUUAAAUCUCAUCAAGUUCAAUACUCUACCUGAUUCAUAUAUCAUCACAUCAUCAAAUUUUUGAUUGAUACGAACUCAAUCUUCCUACCUAUCCGAUCGCCACUCCAUUACAUAUCACAAAAAUGUUUCGAAGAGCUUUGUCAAAUGCACCCCGCGUUGCCGGUAGAGUGUUAUCGGCAAACAGCCACUCCGCUAUCAGACCUGUACCAGCUCAAAUUGCAUCGCCAUCUUUCGUUACUGGUCGCAGGUCAUAUCAUGAAAAGGUCCUCGAUCAUUAUUCGCGGCCGAGAAAUGUUGGCAGUAUGUCAAAAACGGAUACCGAUGUAGGGACUGGUUUGGUCGGCGCACCAGCAUGUGGCGAUGUCAUGAAGCUGCAAAUCAGAGUGGAUCCAGAUACAAACACUAUUUCCGAUGUGAAGUUUAAGACGUUUGGUUGUGGUUCGGCCAUUGCUUCUUCUUCAUACUUGACAGAAUUGGUGCGAGGAAUGACACUUGAGGAGGCCGGUCGAGUGAGAAAUACAGAAAUUGCAAAGGAGCUCUGUCUUCCACCUGUGAAGCUCCAUUGCUCUAUGCUUGCCGAGGAUGCCAUCAAAUCUGCUAUCUCGAAUUACUACACCAAGAACCCCAAAUCUCAAUCUACGAACCUCGGAGGUACUGGUGCAUCCAUGCCAAAGAUUGACGUGGACGCAGUGAUGGAACCCGCACAGUCCCAGACAGCAACGGUUUAAAGAAACAUUGAUAGUAGGCGCAUUUAGGACAUGAAGGUUUUUCUUUCCACGUGUAUUAUGAUUGAAAGGUGUACUUGUUUGAUCUGGUAAAACAUGGAUCGGUGAUCGGAUGCCAGGCUAUUGAAGUCAGGAAAGAUCAGAACGGGCAGAGGAGACUGGUCUAAUUGACCUUGUCUUGAUCCAACACCAAAUUUGGGUAUUAGCCGGAUUGUUUAGGGGAGGUUUAGUUUUCUCCCACUCACACAGCUAGGUACGACAUCUUAGUUAAAUGAAGCAUAA